AUGGCUGUCCGCCCCUUUUUGGGUGGCGCUCUCGAUACGAUGGUAGACUAUCUCGUGAUCUGCCCGAGCGGGCGCAUGCAGCUGUGGGUCAGCGCCCUCCAGCAGCUCGCCCCCUCGACCCGCGUGCUCGUCAACCAAGGCACGCCAACUCAGCGGAAGAACGCUCUGCUGUCACAGCCUCGCGAUUAUGAUCUUCUGCUCACGCCGUACAGCCUCGCCAUCAAGGACACUCUGCACCUCUGCAAACUUCGAUGGAAAGUCGUCGUCUGGGACGACGGUCUGAGCGAGCUGCGGCGCGGCUUUCGCGAGGGGUCCCAGACCUGGGCACUCCAUCAAGGCGUUAAUAAAAGGGCCGCGCACUGUCGCACAGACUACAACAUCCUGCUGUCUCCGGCUCGCGUGACAAACGCGGACUACCUUCUCUGGCUGGUGCACAACCACCUUGGCGCGAGGCUGUUGCCGAUCCGGGCGGGUGUCGGCCGUGCCACGUAUGCGUGCUCGGAAAGCGAAGGCGGGCGUAUAGCACACGCCAUCACGCCACAGUCACGUAUACGGUACUAUGCUGACGUCUGCUAG